AUGAAGUGGGGUGAGGGUGCGGGGGAUGUGGACGGAAGUGGGGUUAAGGGUGUGGGGGAUGUGGAAGAAAGUGGGAGUCAAUGUGUGGGGGAUGUGGAAGGAAGUGGGGGUGAGGGUAUGGGGGAUGUGGAAGGAAGAAGUGGGGUUGAUUGGGUAUGGGAUGAGGAAGGAAGUGGGGGUGAGGGUGUGGGGGAUAUGGAAGGAAGUGGGUGUGAGGGUGAGGGUGUGGGGGAUGUAGAAGGAAGUGGGGGUGAUAGUGUGGGGGAUGAGGAAGAAAGUGGGAGUCAAUGUGUGGGGGAUGUGGAAGGAAGUGGGGGUGAGGGUAUGGGGGAUGUGGAAGGAAGUGAGAGAGAGGGUGUGGUGGAUGUGGAAGAAAGUGGGAGUGCGGGGGAUGUGGAAGGAAGUGGGGUUGAGGGAAGUGGGGUUGAUUGGGUAUGGGAUGAGGAAGGAAGUGGGGGUGAGGGUGUGGGGGAUAUGGAAGGAAGUGGGUGUGAGGGUGAGGGUGUGGGGGAUGUGGAAGGAAGUGGAAGUGUGGGUGUGGGGGAUGUAGAAGGAAGUGGGGGUGAUAGUGUGGGGGAUGAGGAAUGA